CAGUGUCUGUUGAGGAAUUUCCCCCACGAAUCAUUAUCACUCAAUUCUGCAAGUGGUUCUGAUUUACUAUCGCUGUUCUCUAGCCGGUCUAAACCCGCUUUUGACCUAAAGGGACGCUUUUUGGACGCCAUGGACGUUUCUCAGUUUCCAGGCAGAAAGAACAGUAAAAACAUGCAGGCAGGGCGCCGGACAAAGCACUCGGGACAAAAUGUAUGUGAAAUGCUUUGAAACAGCAAUGUUUUACUAUGUAAUAAUCGUUUUUAAAAAAAAUUAAAUUUUUACAAUUUUCAAAUUUGCCGCUGGUUCCGGCGCCCGUACGUCCCGACGUCACAGGGACCGGAACACAGAAGCCCAAUGCCGGCAUCGGCCGGAGGAGAUGGCCGGGGACGCUGCAGGGGACACA